AUGGCCUACAUAGUAGACUUAAGAUCGGAUUGCGUAACAAAACCAACUAAAUCAAUGAAGCAUGCAAUGGUUAAUUCAGCAUUGGGAGAUGAUGUAUUUGGCGAAGAUCCAACUGUAAACAUGUUGGAGAGUAAAGUAGCAACUCUUUUAGGAAAACAGGCUGCUUUGUAUGUGCCCAGUGGGACUAUGUCUAACCUACUUGCUGUAAUGGUGCACUGCAAAAAGCGAGGCUCAGAGGCUAUUGUAGGAAAUCUCUCUCACAUUUACAAAUAUGAACAAGGAGGUGCAGCCCAUUUAGCUGGUGUUCUGCUCAGUACAAUACAAAACAAACCAGACGGUACCUUUGACCUAUGUGAGCUUGAAAAGAAAUUUCGUGGUGAUGACAUCCACGAACCAAUCACGUCAUUGGUUGCGAUUGAAAAUACACAUAAUAGCUGUGGUGGAAAGGUGCUUCCCUUAGAAUGGGUCGACAAGUUAUCAGAAAUAUGCAAGAAACAUUCUAUCCCGUUGCACAUGGAUGGAGCGAGAAUGAUGAAUGCCAGUAUAGCAUUAAAGGAACCACCUUCGAGGCUGGUUCAGGGGUGUGACAGCAUCUCCAUCUGCUUCAGCAAAGGUCUCUCUGCUCCGGUUGGGUCAUGCCUAGUCGGUUCUUAUCAUUUUAUUGAACAAGCUCGCCGCCUCCGCAAGAUGCUUGGGGGAGGAAUGCGGCAAGCGGGAGUUAUAGCUGCAGCGGCGGUGGUCGCUUUGGACGAAGUCAUGCCGCUCUUGGAGUUCGACCACAAGCGAGCGCAGAUAUUGGCUAAGACUAUUCACGGCCUGCAGCUGAAGAACUUCUUAAUAGAUGUGUCAGGAGUCCAUACUAACAUUGUCAUGGUGAAUAUAUCUAAAGAUAUUCCGCUUCAGGCUGAACAACUGGUGCAAAGAUUGCAGCAGGUCUCCUUGGAUGAGACGCAGGGCGACUGCAAAACUUCGAACGACGAAGGCGUUAUUGUAAAAGCUGUGAGUUUUUCCGAUAAAAUAAUGCGGUUAUGCUUGCAUGCGGACAUAACUGAUGAAGAAUUGUGGAUGGCCAUCAUGAAGAUUACUUUUGUCUUUAAACAGUUGGACGCACAUUACAGCACUAAGUAG